UUCUCACAGCCGCUGUGAUCCUCUCUCCAUCCUUUUCCCGCCCGACGUGCUGGAUUCUGGAACGAAGAUCUCAUCCGACUGCUAAGUGUAGCACCAGUUAAUUCUGUGCCAGUGAUGGAUCCAAGUAUGAUCUCCCUACGAUGCGAUGAGAAGCGGCCAUGGACGAUGGAGCCGGUUUAUCCGGCGAAGAAGCUCAGAUCUAACAUUCCCCGACGGAAAAGGAUUCCUGACGUUCCGAUCAUCGGUUUUACUUUGAGUGGCUAUUUUGUUUCGGAGGAGGAUUCAGAGUCUUCUUCCUCAUGCUUCAGUAGCGAGAUUUCAAACGACAUCAGCAACGAAUUCAGGGGACAUCCGAAGAGGCCAAGAUCAUCACGCACAUUUCGCUUGAGUAAAUCUAUUGGACGCUUCCAAUGGAAUUCUUCAAGUGAUCCGUUCCGGCCUAUCACCAGAUUUUACGCGAAACGUAUGAAUGAAAUGCGAUCUCAGGGGUUCGCCGUCGGGGUUGAUCGAUCAGUAGAUCCCAUUUCUGGUUCAGCGAUAGUAAGCAAAAGAUCGGAACCAGCCGAGAGCGAUGGAAAUGCGAUCACAAUUUCUGGAGUUUCUGAAAUGUCCACAACACUUCCUGAAGAUAAUCUCAAGGUUAGAAAAAAUACUAAUAAAUCAAUUACGAAGGUUUUGGAUGUCUCGGAAUCCUCUUGUCUCCAAACAGAAGUUUCAGAGGCCAAUGUCAAGUUAAUCCUUGGUACCAGCACGGCCGGGGCCAGCGAGCUCCUGUUCAAAGGCGAUACCGCCAUUCGAGGCGAAAAAACGCAUGACCUCGACCUUGAAUCUGAUCUAGCCUGCCCGGAGCAGCUCUUCGAUGACGAGGAAUGCUCAGCUUAUUCUGCUUGCAACGAGAGAACACUAUCAGAGUUGGAAUCGGACCUCUUCGAUGGGUUAUAUAAGGGAGACUCCUCGGAAAUCUCACUCUCCGACAUCAUCGAGUCUCCGGAAGACUUCUCAGAAAGAUCUAGAGAUAAUUCCAUCCCUUCAGUCGCCUUCUCUCUCCUCCAACAACUCUGGCAGCAAUUCAACCCUUCCAGCUUCCAUUCAGAAAGCAAUGUGAAAUUUCAAGUCCUGAACGAAUUAUCUGAUGAGCUCGUCUUUGUAAGAUUUCCUGAUAAAGACAUUGAGGAGAGCUACCAGGUAUUCCGCAGCAGGGAGAGAAAAGAGAUUGCUCUUCAUGACUAUUCCGAUGGCUACUACGGUAAAACCAAUUUCGGAGAUCUUAUUCUCGGGCAAAGGCUCGUGAUGGUGAACUGGAUGCUGGAGCAUUGCCAGGCAAUGGAACACCAGGACGAGACACUCUUCUUGGGCGUUAACCUAAUGGACAGAGUACUGAGUAGAGGAUAUUUCCAGACCGAGAGGAAUCUCCAGCUGCUCGGCAUUGCUUGUGUGACACUUGCUACGAGGCUCGAAGAGAACCAGCCAUUCAAUAGCGUAAGGCAGAAAUCUUUCAAAGUGGGCAACAAUUUCUAUAAGAGGUGCGAUGUAGUUUCCAUGGAGUGGCUCGUUCUUGAGGUUCUCAGCUUCCAAUGUUUCCUUCCCACGACACACAGUUUCUUAUGGUUUUAUAUGAAAGCAGCGAGAGCAACUGCUAAAGUGGAAGACCUGUGUCGGCACUUAGCCAUUCUGACCCUAUUAGACCACGGAAUUCUCUGCUUCUGGCCUUCCACUGUAGCUGCUGGGCUCGUCAUCCUCGCCUGUCUCGCAACCAACAACGAUUCUUACUGCGAUGUGGUCCUGGAGACACACGUGAGGAGCAAAACCGAUGACCUUCCGGAAUGUAUACAGAGUCUCGAUUGGCUUGUGAAAUACGCAUCUAUGGGCUUUGAGAACUGAGAGUUGAUCCAUGGCUGGUGCGUCGUCUCUUCUUCCAUUUCAACCGGUAAGGAUUUGGUAUGCAGAAUAGAUAAGAAAUUGCAGUAUUGAUUUGAAUAAAUAUAAGAAAAUUAGGGCACAUACACCUUUAACAGCUAUUCUUUUAGUAAUUCAAACUUCGAAAUUAGUUAGGGAAUAGAUGAGAAUAUAAUUUUCUUAGGCCUCAUUGGUUUAAUAAUGAAUAAAUGGCUAAAUUCUCUUGCCUGGAAAUUCAGAUCUAUAGAAGUUUGCCCACAUUUCUGGCUGAUAGGAUGCGUUACUUUUCUUUCUUCUGUACCGGACAAAUUGAUUCUCAUAGUAUUUUAAUAAUAUAGUUUUAUUCUGUUUGA